GCCCCUGCCUGCUGCACAGAGGGACUAAGGAGCCGGGGUGAGGGAAACGCGAGAGGAAUCCUCUUCCAUGCAAUCCCACCACGUCAUUUUGUUGGGAGGCAAACACGUGGUGCAGGGAGACCUUAUAAAUCUCCCUCUCCCUGCAAGAGCGUGAUGUUAUCUGCUGGCAAAGUUUCCCUCUUCGCGAGGAAAGCAACGGGGCUCAGCGAGGGAGGGAGGCAGGAGGACACAGAGAGAGAGAGACUAACGGGGCUGCAGAUAAAGUAAAGCAGGAGCUGCGCGGAUCGGGCCGUGCGUGGCAAGCUCUGAAACCAAGCCAGGGGGGAGAGGUGCCCCCGAGGGAGAAAGGGGCAAAGCACCUUUUGAACGCCCGGGCUCGCGACCCACAGGAGGCUGCCGCCGCCGCCGCCGCAGCAACAGCAGCGCCGGCUUGUUGACUGUGGCUUGGGUUGGCUUUUUUUGGAGGAAGAGGAGGGCGCCGGGGAAGCUGCACCGCAAGCGAGGGGGGCUGGUCGGUGCAUGCAGCCCGGGGUGCCGGCGGCAGGAUCAGCGCCGCACGGAGGAGCGAAGAGCAGAGCCCCCCCGCACCCAGCCCCGGGGCGUCCCGGACUCUCCCCGCGCGCGACACACACACACACACACACACACACGUGGGCGCCCUCUCGCCUGCGGGGCGGCUCGCUCUGCUCGCAGCUGCUGCGUGUGUUGUUGCAGCUCCGCAGCGCGGGGCCAGCAGCGCAGCUCAGCUCAGCUCAGCUCAGCGCGCGCCGCCAGCCCGCCCCUGACAUCGCCCCUCUCCCGUCCCGUCCCGUCCCGCGCGUGGCGCUGGAGGAGCCCAGAGCAGAAGCCCGGAGCUGAGCGCCCGGCUGCCACCCGCUCGCCCUCCGGCUUCAGGAGCGCUGCUCCCUGGCCAGCCCCGCCACACCGGCUCGCUAGGGAAACUCUCCUCUAGUGGCUCUCUCCGCGGUGGGGGCUGGUUAAAAUCCCCCCCCCCCAUGUUUGUUCAGUUUCGAGGCUGAUGCAGAGGUAGCGACCUGCUUUCUUUGCAACUCGCCUGUGUAACCCGGGGGCGUUUUUCAUUUGCACCCCCGUUGCCUUUUCCUGGCAACCCGGUUGCGUUUCCAACCGCAGCUGCUUCCCCUCCUUUGCACCCCUCCCCCCAUCCCCUUCUUUUCCAAGUCACUCUUUUUGGGACGCUGGGUUUAAACCCGAAAAUGCACCGCUAUCUCCUGAGCGUGGUGCUCACCCUGGAUCUGGCCACGGUGGCGCUCAGCCUGUCUACCUGCAGUACCCUAGACAUGGAUCAGUUUAUGCGCAAGAGGAUCGAGGCGAUCCGAGGACAGAUCCUGAGCAAGCUGAAGCUCACCAGCCCCCCUGAAGAGUACCCCGAGCCCGAGGAGGUGCCCCCGGAGGUCAUCUCCAUCUACAACAGCACCAGGGACCUGCUGCAGGAGAAAGCCAACCACAGAGCCGCCACUUGCGAAAGGGAGAGGAGCGAUGAGGAGUAUUAUGCCAAAGAGGUUUACAAAAUAGACAUGCUGCCUUUUUACCCCGAAAAUGCCAUCCCACCAAACUAUUACAGCCUUUACUACAGAAUCGUAAGAUUUGACGUCUCAGCGAUGGAGAAAAAUGCUUCCAACUUGGUGAAGGCAGAGUUUAGAGUUUUUCGUUUGCAGAAUUCAAAGGCACGGGUAUCUGAACAACGAAUAGAACUGUAUCAGGUUGUUAAAUCCAAAGAACUACCUUCACCAGGACAGCGCUACAUUGAUAGCAAGGUAGUUAAAACAAGAGCUGAAGGGGAAUGGCUGUCUUUUGAUGUCACUGAAGCUGUACACGAAUGGCUCCAUCACAAAGAGAGGAACUUUGGAUUUAAGAUAAGUUUACAUUGUCCAUGCUGCACCUUCGUGCCUUCAAAUAAUUAUAUUAUCCCAAAUAAAAGUGAAGAGCUAGAAGCAAGAUUUGCAGGUAUUGAUGACUCCUACAUAUAUUCCAGUGGUGAUGGGAAAGCUUUCAGGUCCAGUAGGAAAAAAUACAGUGGGAAGACCCCACAUCUUCUGCUAAUGUUAUUACCCUCCUACAGACUUGAGUCGCAACAGCCCAGUCGGCGGAAGAAGCGUGCUUUAGAUGCUGCCUAUUGUUUUAGAAAUGUGCAGGAUAAUUGUUGCCUGCGUCAACUUUAUAUUGACUUCAAGAGGGAUCUUGGCUGGAAAUGGAUUCAUGAACCUAAAGGGUAUCAUGCUAAUUUUUGUGCAGGAGCCUGUCCAUAUUUAUGGAGCUCAGAUACUCAGCACAGCAGAGUACUCAGUUUGUAUAACACCAUAAAUCCAGAAGCAUCUGCCUCUCCGUGCUGCGUGUCCCAGGAUUUAGAACCCCUCACCAUCCUGUACUACAUUGGCAAAACACCCAAAAUUGAACAACUUUCCAACAUGAUCGUAAAAUCUUGCAAAUGCAGCUAAAGAUAUCCCUGAAACAGCAAUAAACAAAUAUGUAAAAAUAACCAAGGAAGAAAGAAAAAGAGAUUAAGAAAGAAAAAAGAAAAUCUAAGUUCAUCAGUGUUAAAAAAUACAAAAAUAAUAAAAAAAAAACCUAAAAAGAAGAAGAAAAGCGGUACUAGUCCGAACUGUUUGAAAGUUUGUGUGUUUUGUUUUUUUUAAAACUGGCAUCUGAAACAAAACAUUGAAGGCCUUUAUCCUACACUUCACCUACUCAGUUAGUGAGAUAGACAAGAAGCAAACAAAAACCAAAAACAACAACAAAAACAAAAAGAACCACACCUUUUAAAAAUAAACACUGGAAGAAUGUGUUAGUGUUACUAUGUGAAAGGAAAAAACAGGAAAAUCCCAUUAAGUGGAGUUGCUGUAUCUGUCCCAUGCCUUACUUGAUCUCUCUGUAUUGUUAUGCGAUAGACAUCCUACCCAUUCUUUUUAGUUUUAGUGUUAACAGUGCAUUAUUUAUUUGUAUGUAAAAACUAUCACAUGAACAUUUCUUCGCCAUUGGAAAAAAAGAAACAAAUGUGGACAAAGUGGAGACCAAAUAAACUGCCAGAAAUAUGUUGAAUGCUUAGGGGAACUCAAGCUCAAACAAUCCUGAAAAUAAUGGUUAGUUUAGUUCAAUUAAAACAGAAGUCAGUUAUUACAUUAUUGAGAAAAUCUGCCUUAAAAAUGCCUUAUUUUACAUGCCAGCAGCCUAGGGAGGCUUCUUUUAAAGUCUCAAACCCUUGUUUUAAAUACUGAAAAACUUACUAAUAAAGGACGCUCUGUUUCAGUCUCAAAGACAAGUCUAUAAGAUUUUUUUUUUACUGUAAAUGAUUAAAAUGUCAGUUUAGUAAACCAGUGAAAUAUUUAACAUGUACUGGUCUAAUCUUCAGACCUUAAUAUGUUGCUGUAUAGCUAUGCUAUGGGAUGUUUUGUUCUUUUGGUAUAUGUAACCAUACCUAUAGUAUUACAAUAGGUGGGUAGUAAAAGCCAGCUUAAUUGGAAACAUAUCUGUAGAUCUCUAUUGUAAACUAUUAAAAAAAUUAAGUACUUUAUGUGUAAUGUGUAAAUUUUCACCAUAUUUUUGUAUUUUGUAAUACUGUCAACUCUCAUGAGUUUGAAUUUGAAUUUGGGGCUCUUUUUGAUCACUCAGUCAUGUGUUUCCCUCCAGCUGGCCAGUAUGAGUAGAGUCCCUAUAUUUUGACUUGCACUACAAAUACAUGUUUUAUAAUAAUUUGCUAUACAUAUGCUUUGUAUAUUGUUCAUCAUUAUGACAUAAGCUACCUGACUCCAUUUGUUUUUUGUUUUACAAAAAGGAUGGAUUAAAAUUGUCUCCUCCUCCCCUCCCCCACAUCCUAGUUCAUCCACGUUUGUAGCAGUGAAUCGCAACGCGACUUAGCGUUUUAAACCCAGUUUUGUUUCAUUUUCUCAGCUAAAGACAGUCAAACGGAUGGAUAAAAGAGCAAGAUUUUCAAGAAAAGAUUUUACAGCCUAAGUGAUAUGAGGCUAGGGCCCAGUCCUACAAACCCUUACAUACAGUGAAAUUCACUACUGUGCAGAGGGCCAAGACAAAGCACAUGCAUCACUGAAGCCCUAAAAACAAGGCUUGAGUGGGACUUAAUCAGUUUAGAGGCCUUGUGUUGGCCUUUGUCACAGCAAUGAUUUUUCACCUGCAGUUAGUUUAUGGGAGUGAUCCUUCUCCCACAGAGGUCAGCAGAAGUUUUGCCACUGACUUCUGUGGCAGCAGAUGAGGCCUAGUGAGAGUGUUUACAUGUGGAAGGAUUUGGAGGAUCGGGCUCUGUGUCUUUGUUUAAUCUUUUUUUUUUCUUCAGAUAACACCUUUUCUUUUUCCUCUUUCUAAAAAAAAGGAACAAAGGAACAUAAGUCUCCUAGGAAACUCCUUUGGGCCCUAACAAUCUGCAGAGUACUCUAGAGAGAGUAAAAAAAGAUCUACAUCGUACACGUUGUUUAAAAAAAAAUGAAUAGCAACAGAUCCCUAACCUAGAACCAAGAGGUGUAAAAACAUGAAAAGGAACAGUUCAAUUGAUUUUACAUUAUAAAUUGUUCUGAAUGGCAAAGCUUGAAGACUGUGCAAGGAAAUAUGACAACUGGAUGUAAAGGGCACAUUCCCUCAAAUACAAUACAGGAACAGGACCUAGGGUGAGAUCCUGGCUCCAUUUAAGUUAAUGGGAGUUUUGCCAUUGACUGAAAUGGGGUUGAGAUUUUACCCCUGAAGCUUUAAAACAAAACAUUAGGGGCCUGAUCCUCCACUGUAUUAACUUGAAUUUAGGAUAGUGUAACUCCAUUGACUUUAGCCGAGCAACACUGCUGUAAAACUGAAGUAAUAUAGUGGAGAAUCAGGCUCAAGGUCUGGAUUCUGCUCCUUUGAUUUGCACAGACAGUUCCCAUUAACUUCACUGAGAGCCUGCGCUCAUUGCCGAGAUCAAAAUGUAGCCCUGUGAAUAAUCUGACCUGCCUAUUGUCUCAGUGCAGAGGAGGUAUAUGAGGGUUUGUAUGUGUGUGUGGUUCUUCUCUUAUUAUUAUUUAUUAUUUAUUUAGCAAAUUGAAAUUAACAAAUGAAGGGUCCAAUCCUACAAACACUUGCAGGAGCCAUGUUUACUAUCCCGAAGAGACCCGUGGAAAUAAACAAAACUCUUUGAGGUAGAAAGCACCGUGACUGCUGGCGUUUGCAGCAUUUAGCCCUCAUCUGUUUUAUUAGCUUCAAUAUCUGAAUUCUAUGGGUGGGGAGGAGGGGACAAGGGUUGGACAAUUUUAAAAAAACCCAACUUGCCAUUCACAAUUGAAAUGUGGCAAAAACCUGGUAUUGAAGCUUGAUGAUUUGAAAUAGCGGGAUCUGAGAUGCUAUUAGUGUACAACUACACUCACUAUGUGCUGGAUGCAGGCAAAAGUUUGGGCCAGGGAGAUGGGUAUGUUUUAAAAAAUCUGAGAAUAAUGCCUUAUAAUUGCAUUAGGUCAUUUCCCCCAAAUUGGAUGAAGUUUUGUUUUGUAUCUUUUCCUCAGAAAUGCACUGAUAGUAUUUGAAAUGUUCUAUUUUACAGCUCCUAAAUCUUUUCUUUUUUGGUUUAUUUUUAGACAUAUAGUUCCCGUUAGUGAAUAAGGAUAUUGGGCCUGAUCCUACAAAGGGCAGACAGAGCUCCUUUGGGUGAAACUCACCCCUGUGGAGAGGGAGGCCCUGGCACCAUUUAAGUUCAGCGUAAAGCCUUAGAAAGAGGUUUAAGUGGAAAUAAAGAGGCGCAGAGGCGCAUACUAUGGGGCCCCUCUGUGAGGUGCUGAUCUUCUCAGCUUGCAGUGAAGAUAGUGAGGAAUUAAGGAUACUCAGCACUGGGCAGGAGAUACUCAGGACCUCACAGGAUCAGACUCAAAGGGAAGGGGUGGGGCUGAGGAACACAUCUCAGCACUUGGCUGGUUGGGUUAGGACAGCAUUUUUUGUGUGUUUAGCAGCAAUACAGUUGUAUGGACAGCAUGGUUUAAAAAAAAAUAAAGAAGGAACAUAAGAACAGCUGUGUUGUAUUUUGAUGACCCAUUACCUUGUAUUUUAACACAGUGUAUGUCUGUUUUUGUGGUGCUCUAGUGGUAAAUAAAUUAUUUCAAUUAUAUGCUUA